UAAUAGAUUCUAUGUUGAACAAACUGCUUGGCAGUGGAAGCUACCAAUCGUUUGACAUGCGCUGCAUGGUAACCGGCCAGUUCGCUACUGGGAAAAUCAAGUCUAGUCAAGCUUUUAGUUGGGGAUAAUGUUCCAGAAGGGCGACAAGCCACUGAUGGCAUUUCCCUCGUUGAAGGUCGCUGUGGACUUGAUAUAGAGACAAGAAACUGGAUCAUGAUUGAAUCAGGAACAUAUAAUGCCUUGGAUGUAGUAUACAAUAAGGUUUUAAUGACCUCUGUUGAAAAGGAUGAAAGAAAACAAACAAAAACAUCAGGAAAACAUAAAUCCGAUGCAAAACUUGUUGAACUUCCAAAUAAAGACGAUAUUCAUUCUCAGAAGUCAGAAGCUACCAAGUCAACAUAUUUUCCUGUGAAUCUCUCAGGUGAGCCUUCUACACAGCCACAAGCUACCAAGUCGACAUCUUUCCCUGUCAACCUCUCAGGUGAACCCACUCCACAGCCACAAGCUACCAAGUUGACAUAUUUACCUGUGAACCUCUCAGAUGAACCCUCUACACAGCCACAAUCUACCAAGUCGACAUCUUUCCCUCUGAACCUCUCGGGUGAACCCUAUCAGCAGCCACAAGCAGCCCAAUCUUUGUCACAACAGAUUUCCUCUAUUGAGUCUAAAACACAGCAAAUGAAGAAGAAAAUGACAACUAAAAUGACCAAAAAAGAAAUGAGAAAGAAAAUGGAAAAGGUCCUCAAAACUGGUAAAUAUGAAAUGAAAGUUGGCAGACUCAUCUUCUGGGACUUUGCUGGACAGUAUGUCUAUUAUACAACACACCAGACAUUCAUGACUUUCAGAGCGUUGUUUCUAGUAGUUUUUGAUGGAAGUAAAGGAUUGAAUGAAGAAAUACCUGAUGUACUGUGUUUUCCAGGACAGCACAUGACACCAACACCAGCAGUCUUUUUACUGCACUGGGUAAACUCAAUCCUGACCUAUUGUAAAGUGGUGUAUGCUGGCAUCCCUAAGAUAUUGUUUGUUGCCACCCAUAAGGACAAGGUACCAGUGGAGGAUGUUGAAACCAGACGUGCACUAUUGUACAGUGAAGUAGAGGAAUUAUUUAAGGACCACGAAGGAAGAAAUCAUCUUGUCCUUGACAAACAAAUAUUUGUCAAUGCAACUGAUAAAGAUGAUCAAGAAAUUGAAGCCCUUAAGAAAGCCAUCACCGAGCUUACUUUCGAUCAUCCAUGUUGGGGGGAGGACAUGCCGAAUGCUUGUGUCCCCCUUGAACUGGAGAUUGCUGAACUAGUAGCUGCAGGAAAGCAAAUCUUGUCAUUGGUAGAGCUUGAAGAAUUGAAUUCAAUCAGCAAGGUGUCCGUUCUGGAUUUAGAACAACUUCAUGAUUUCCUUCACUUCCAACAUUCUCUUGGGAAGCUUAUCUACUUUGAUACCCGUCAGCUCCAAGAUUAUGUUAUAAUUAACCCGCUACUCAUGGUGGAGGUUAUGAGAUCCUUUGUGACAGAUGUAGGAUUUUGGCCAAAGAAAAAAGGUUUAGAGGAAACUUUCCGAAGAAUGUCAGAAAGUGGGAUCAUACGCCGAGAAGACCUGUAUCAGAUAUGGAAACAAAAGGACUUCCGGGCAAUUCUACCAUACAAAGAGUUUAUAUUCAACAUCCUCAUUUAUUUAGAUAUUCUGGCAGAGCAACGGAGAUAUGAUACAACUACAGGAAGUCGGUUACCAGUAGAUAACUACUUUGUUCCCUGUAUGGUCACAGAAAGAAAUAAUACCAGCUUCAUGGACAAAGAAUGUACACCAGAGAAAGCAAUUUGUCUAGCGUUCGUUUUUAAAGGAACUGUCAUACCACCAGCUUUGCCCAAUCGUCUGAUCAGUGCAUGUCUGAGCAUGUGGACUCUGAAGCAGUAUGAAGGGAGAAAACUCCUCUUUUCAGGAUUUAUUGUAGUCUCGUUAGACAAGGCUCAUGAUGUUGUAGUAUGUGUUGUAGGCAACAUGAUUCUUCUGUAUUUAGUCCAUAAAACCUCGGCUGGACUUAUAGUACCAGAUAUUGCCACUUCAGUAAAGGAAUGCUUAGUUACAACAAUGGAGAGAAUAUCAGAUUUCUAUCAGUCCACAAUCCAUGCAACAUGCAGCCAACAAUCACCUUUCCAUAUUGAAUAUUCGUGUUCUAAGUUGAAAUGCUUCAUUAGUGAGAAGAGGGCUUUGCAGACCAAUGAAUGGGUUUGUGACACACAUAAACUUACACACAGACAAGGAAACUGGGUUGUUUGGAAUCAAGAUAAGGUAUACAUUAUAUACAAAGUACGGUCAGUAAGCAAAUUGCAAAUAAUUUAA